CGGACAAGAGGAACCAGGCAGCGCUGGGAACAGGGACUGGGGUUUCCUGCCGGGCCACGCCUCCCUGGCUGCUAGCCCUUCUCUUCACUGCUACACUGGUGGAUGCUUGCCCGCUCUUCCGCUACACAAUGCCAAGGGUCGGCCCCGCCCCGUGCCGGUCCAGUAGCUGCGCGCGCCGCUGAGUUCCAGGCAUGGAGGGAGGCGGGCUGGGUCGCACCGUGUGCGUGCUGACCGGGGCCUCCCGGGGCUUCGGCCGCGCCCUGGCCCCGCUGCUGGCGCAGCUCUUGUCGCCCGGUUCGGUGCUGCUCCUGAGCGCACGCAGUGACUCGGCUCUACGGCAGCUGGAGGAGGAGCUGGGCGCACAGCAACCCGGCCUGCGAGUGGUGCGAGCAGCCGCCGACCUGGGCACGGAGGCCGGCGUGCAGCAGCUGUUGUGUGCCGUGCGCGAGCUCCCCAGGCCCGAGGGGUUGCAGCGCCUGCUGCUCAUCAACAACGCAGGUACUCUUGGGGAUGUUUCCAAAGGCUUCCUGAACGUGAAUGACCCAGCUGAGAUCAACAGUUACUGGACUCUGAACCUGACCUCCAUGCUCUGCUUGACCUCGGGGACCCUCAACGCCUUCCCAGAUAGCCCUGGCCUCAGAAAGACUGUGGUUAACAUCUCAUCUCUGUGUGCCCUGCAGCCCUUCAAGGGCUGGGCGCUGUACUGCGCCGGGAAGGCUGCUCGAGACAUGCUGUACCAGGUCCUAGCUGCUGAGGAACCCAGCGUGAGGGUGCUGAGCUAUGCUCCAGGUCCCCUGGACACAGACAUGCAGCAGUUGGCUCGAGAAACCUCCAAGCACCCAGAGUUAAGGAACAGACUGCAGAAGCUGAAGUCGCAGGGGGAGCUGGUGGAUUGUGGGACAUCAGCCCAGAAACUGCUGAGCUUGCUGCAAAAGGACACCUUCCAGUCUGGAGCCCACGUGGACUUCUAUGACAGUUAAGCCCAUGUUCUGCCACAGUGCCCCCCCCCCAACCCUGCUUAACACAAAUAAAAGCCCUCAGACACACCCAGCGGGGAGUGGCUGGCAUUACCAGUCAUCAGAGGCUUCUUCGGGGGCUUGAGAGAGAGUUGAUGGCUAUUAGAGUUCUCUGUCCUCAGGAAGAGAACUUUAGAACUGGGAAGAGGAGGAGAAGCUAAAACACUGGAGAGAAGAGGAGAUUGAGUGUCUUGUCUGUGGGGUGAGGAGGGUGUUACCUAAUGCAGAAAGAGGACCAGGGCAUCACAGCGAUGCUCCUUGAACUUCAUAUCUUUGUUCUUCUGCCGUCUUCCUCUGGUAGCCACUGUUUCUCCCUUGACUCUAGUCCAAAUACAUAGUUCUGAGUCAGAUGCAA